AUGUUAGGAAUGGCACCCUCCGCUCGAGAUGAACCCGUUCGCAAACGCCCAAGAUUAAGAAAAGAUCCGGAAAGUUCUCCAAAUAUCAACUUCCAAUCCCUUCCCCCGGAAGUCCGAUUGAUGAUCUGGGAACGUACAUGGCCUUCCGCACUGGUCGUCGAAGUUGCAAGCCGGGCAAAACUGGAUGGUGAUGAAAACGAUGAGUUCAUGGUAUUUCGUCCUGUAAGCUCUUUUGUUACACUACUGCAGACAGACUUUAGCUCGAGGCCCGUGGAGAGUCCAUCCCCAUUGGAGAAAUGCCCAUUUCCGAUCGCUCUCUGGAUAUGUCAAGAAUCCCGCAUGCAUACGCUUAAAACAUAUGCGUUAGUCCAACAUCCAGAGUUGCCGGAAUGCGCUUUCUAUUUCAAUCCUCGUCAAGACCUUCUCUGGUUAAGUUGCGAUAUCGCAGAUGACAUUGAAGGCCUUGAAGAGCUACGGGCUUCCUAUCAGACUUCCAUUACUCAAUUCAGGAUCCUUCUUGUCGAGGAUACGGAAUGGGAGGACUGGCAAUGGGACCCAUCGUCUGCCCCAGCCCUGUCAAUCCUGCCUGGACUGCGGACUGUCGUAUUGAUAGGGGACGACCAUGAUGAUAAUGGUACACUUAUCACGUAUUGUGCUGAGGAAUACCAAGAACGUGCUACCAAAUACGAAAAUGAUUAUCAUACUUUCUGCGAGUCCAUAAAUCCGGCUACGUCAUAUCGGCUUGAGUACAUGGAUCGCGGAGGCAAUUCUUACCUCGGUGUAUAUCACAAUGAUGUCCAGGUGCAAGCCAAAACCUAA